AUGCGGUUGGCAUGUGUGGACACAGGUUGGCAUGCUCAGAUCCAUGGGACAGUGAUUGGUGUGGCCACUGGUUGCAACUUUGUGCUCAUUUUGGGACUAUAUGGAGGGAUUCUGAAAGCUGUAUUAAAGCUGCCAUCAGCUGCUAGCCGUGCCAAAGCCUUUUCUACCUGUUCUUCCCAUAUGACUGUAGUAGCGCUGUUCUAUGGUUCUGCCUUCACAGUGUAUGUGGGUUCACCUGGGAGUCGAGCUGAGGGCAAGGACAAGCUUAUUGCCUUGGUGUAUGCCUUUCUUACCCCUUUCCUCAAUCCUAUCAUCUAUACUCUUCGUAACAAGGAAGUGAAGGAGGCUGUGAAGAGAGUCACUGAAGUGGCCCAUUACUUUUGUGACCUGGCACCUCUAAUGCGGUUGGCAUGUGUGGACACAAGCUGGCAUGCUCAGGUCCAUGUUGCGGUGAUUGGACUGAUUAACACAUGUAACCUUGUACUCAUUUUGGGACUCUACGGGGGCAUCCUAAGAGUUGUAUUGAAGCUGCCCUCUGCUGCCAGUCGUGCCAAGGCCUUCUCCACCUGCUCCUCUCAUAUGACUGUAGUGACAUUAUUCUUUGGCUCUGCCUUCAUUGUCUAUAUAGGGCCAUCUGAGAUCCAGGCUGAGGGCAAGGACAAGCUUAUUGCCUUGGUGUAUGCCUUUCUGACCCCUUUUCUGAAUCCCAUCAUCUAUACUCUUCGUAACAAGGAGGUGAAGGAGGCUGUGAAGAGAGUCGCUG